AUGCCCUAUGAAUUACCCAUCCGCGUAUAUAUACCAGAGGCCAUAAAGUUUGUGAAAGAGUGUCCAUUUUUCGACGAAGAGUACGCAUUGAACAUUCCAAGGUAUCGUAUUCUAUCUGUACUAGAUGAGCCUACUGAGGAAUGCCAAUUAGAUGUUAGCGGCAUAGAGACUUUUGUGAAGACACGGCGAUUCUUCCCAAAGUUUUAUAAAUACUACCCCCCAAUCACUAUUUAUGAUGACCUAGAAUUGGUGGUGUCGUUAAUACAGUUGUUACUGCCGGAAAUUGAGAAUUUUUGGUCACCUUAUAUAGAAGCACCGUUUAUACUACGGUUAUUAAGCGCAGGGUUCAUUCCCAUUGCCACAAAAUUGUCAUUUAACGAUCCAAAUCUUGAUUAUAUUGUCCUGUUGCCCAAAUUUCAUAUUCGAAGAUCCUGUAUUAUACCGCCCAAAGCUAUACAUAUUCCAAAGAAGGCUACUAAGUGGGCAAGAGGUUUGGAUCUAACAAUAGACGCUGCUUUUAAUCAAGUUAUUGUUGGGAUAGUGGACCAGCAUGGUGAAAACUGGAUGUAUUCUGCCAUCAGAAAGGAGUUAUACAAAUUAAAUUGCUAUCAAAGGGGAAUACAAUUAUUUAACCAUACUGAUCUUUGUAUACCAGAUAAUACAACGUAUAAUAAAUACAACGCUAGUAUACAUUCAGUGGAAAUUUGGAGAGGGGAUACUUUAAUUGCCGGAGAAAUUGGCUGCCUUGUCGGUAAGGUGUGGACUAGUAUAACUGCAUUUCACAGCGAACGUAAUUCUGGCAUGGUUCAACUUCUCUCACUGGCUUCAUUGCUUACUAAAAUAGGAGUUCAUAUAUUCGAUCUGGGAAUGUGCAUGGAUUACAAAACAGCAAUUGGUGCCAAUACGCUAGAGAGGGAAGAUUUUUUUAGCGUAUUUAGGAAAUAUAAAACAGCAGAAAAGGGUGAUUUAUAUACAGGUAGAUUAUCCUGUGUGAAACUGAUUAGUAAUCUCAAAAAUGAGAUUAAGCUAUGA